UGCCCCUCUGCCUGAGCCCGGGGAGGCCAGGCGGCCGGGCGGCUGGAGGGGGUCCGCUGCCCGAGAAUGGGAAUUCUCUUCACCAGGAUAUGGAGACUGUUCAAUCACCAGGAGCACAAAGUUAUAAUUGUUGGGCUGGAUAAUGCUGGGAAAACUACCAUCCUUUUCCAAUUUUCUAUGAAUGAAGUUGUACACACAUCCCCUACAAUAGGAAGUAAUGUAGAAGAGAUAGUGAUUAAUAAUACACGUUUCCUAAUGUGGGAUACUGGUGGCCAAGAAUCUCUUCGUUCUUCCUGGAACACUUACUAUACUAACACAGAGGACUUAAGGAAAGCUGGAUUGCUGAUCUUUGCUAAUAAACAAGAUGUUGAAGAAUGCAUGACUGUAGCAGAAAUCUCUCAGGUUUUGAAGCUGACUUCUAUCAAAGAUCACCAGUGGCAUAUCCAAGCCUGCUGUGCUCUUACUGGAGAGGGAUUAUGUCAAGGACUUGAAUGGAUGAUGUCCCGACUUAAGAUUAGAUGAUCUAUACUGACCUCAUCUUACAGACUUUGUGUAAACAGUGGCUGGACUUUACCUGAAAGCUGCAAAAUUUAAUGGUUUAGAUAUAUUUAUAAUAAACUGAUUUAAACAUUUUCUAUAAGAGGAAAAAUUCAGACCACUUGUUUGAAAACAAAGAUGAAGUCUCACCUUCCAAUUUACUUUCUCAUUAUUCCUUCCAAAGUAAGUUAUGAAAGCUGUGAUUGACAUUUUUCUCAUAAUGAAUGCUCUCAGGACAUUGUGUAGCCUGUGGUAAGUACAAAGGGAGAGGAAUGCAUUUUGAACUUCUAAGAGCUUUAGUAUCAGUAUAACCUCCCUUGUUGAAUGUUGUUAUUUUCUUUUUCCAUUUAGUCAAACUACAAGUCCCAGAUACUAGGUUUCCAAUAUUUUAAAAUGUAACAUUACUUAUGAAAAGUAUUUUGUGUAUGUAUUGUAUAUAUAGCUCAAGUCAAGUUAAUGGCUUUGGUUUAUGUGCUAAAGAAAAGCAAAUAACACAAAAAUUAAUAAUAUUCUUGGUUAUAACCAUAAUGAGAUGAGUACUGGCAUUGGUGGUAAGUGCCAUUUUGUAUGUUUCCU